AUGACGGAGAAAGGAAUAUUCAAAUUUAUCAAAAAUCAUGUCAAUAGAAAAAAGAAACACAAAUCGUUGAAUACGUACAAAUUUACAUUGAACAUUGCUAUUCUCGGCUCCGCAGGCGUUGGAAAAACAUCGAUUUUGAACCGUAUCACGGAACACUGUUUUACAGAAACGCAUUUGCCAACUGAAAUUGACGUUAAGGAGCAUGUUGUUGUAGGUGAAAACCUAGAAGUUACUCUACGAUUGCACGACGUUUCGAACAACGCUGAAUUCUGUUUGACCAGACGACGGACAAUUCUCGAGGCAGAUGGAUUUAUUUUAGUAUUUUCACUUGCAGAUAAAAAUUCUUUUGAGGAGUUGGAAGUUUUUCGAUUGCAUAUUGAAUCACUUAGAGGGAGCGGGGCUUCUGAGCUUCCAAUUAUUGUUGUUGGAAACAAAAGUGACUUGGCUAAUGAUGGGGUAUGUUACGAUAGAAUUAUGAAAUGGUGCAUGAACGAAAUGGACAGCUUGUAUUUGGAAUGCUCUGCUAAACAGGAUAGUGAAGUGUCGCGAAUCUGUCCCACAUUAUACGAUGAACUAGGAGUGUGUGGCUUGCUGUACAAAAAAGUAAUGGAGAUUCAGUUCAAAGAAGAAGUUAAGAAAGUUAGCAAGGAGCGAAGAUCUCGCUAA